UUAGUUUUCUCACCUAAUAAUUAUGUUCAAAAGUUGCUGUGCGCGACCGAACAAAAAGAGUAACAAAAACAAAACAAUAUCUAAUAGUAUGGAUUCCUUGAACAACUUGAAAGCUGAUGAAUGUGUAGAAAAAUCCGAAAAAGAUUUGUAUACCCAAGAAAAAUCUGACAAAGUUAAUCAACCCGAUAAUUUAACUGAAAUCGAUUCAAAUACAUCGAAACUUGAUACUCUGAUGAAAAAUACUGACAUGGAACCUGACUCGAUAUCUGAUGAGGCUGCGUGUGUGAAAGACAACGAAAACAACGAAGAGUGUGACCAACCAAAACCGGAAGAGGUAGAAGAAAAUGAGGGAGAAGAAGUUGAUGAAGAUAGCGUAGAUGACGUUUUUCGCAAGCCAGAUAUAGUCAAAAAGCGAUUCUCCGUUGAUUAUAAGAAAACCAGAUUGGAUUUUAAGCGGUAUUCUGUAGAUUGCAGCCGAAACGCUGCUACUUUACAGGAAUUAGCUACCCUUGAACAGGAAUUGGCUCGGACUAACUUCGAUAUUCGGCCUACCAGACGUAAAUCAACGGGAAUAUUGAAAUCUACGACAAGUAGUACAGAAAUUCCUGUAACUACAAAAGAUUCUUGCUCGGAUGAUGACGAUGUUUUCGAAAAAGACUCAUCUGUCAUUGACAUGGAAGGUCCCAGAGUACCGCCCGCUACUCCUGUUGGUCGUGACGAGCUAGCUCUACGUAGACACAGAUUCUUCUCAGAUCUUGUUUGUGCCGCUAGAGCUGCGGUAGAGCAUCGUGUAAGAUUUGAUCCUCUAGGACCAGUUGUAGCAGAAUCAGGCAGUGAAGCAGAAUCAGCAGCAGCGGCGAACAAGCCAGCAGCUGAUCUAGAAGCGCUACUAGAUCGUUUGGAGCGUGUGACGUGCCGGCUGGAGCGCCUGCCGUGCCUGCGCGGACGCACCCCCACCCCGCCCAACUCGCCCGCCCCGUCCGCGUCGCCCGUGUGCUUUGUGACGCCGCCGCAGGAGCUCGUACCGACUGACGAUAUGAGUGUCAACGGGUACCAGGAUCUUAUGCAGGGUCCCCUGCGUACAUACUUGGAGCUGUCGAAACAAAUCGGCGGCGAUGUCGCUACACAGGCGAACCUCGUCAACGAAGCCUUUCAGGCUCAAUACGGCUACAUACAACUAGCCGCGGCCAGGAGCAAGCCGUCCCAACCCGAAGAGAUGCAACUGCUAGCGCCCACAAGUGAAAAGAUCUCUGCCAUUCAGCAGUUCCGUGAAAAGAACAGAGCGUCUCCGUACUUCAACCACCUGUCGGCGAUAUCUGAGAGCAUUCCCGCUUUGGGCUGGGUUGCUGUAUCGCCCACACCAGCUCCGUAUGUCAAGGAAAUGAAUGACGCCGGCCAGUUCUAUACGAACAGAGUGCUGAAAGACUGGAAGGAAAAGGACAAGACUCACAUAGAGUGGUGCCGCACUUGGGUGCAGCUUUUGUCCGAUCUGCAGGCGUACGUCAAACAGUAUCACACUACUGGUCUUGUCUGGUCUGGCAAGGGCGGCGCCCCCCCUCCGCCCCCCGGCGGGCUCCCCCCGCCGCCGCCCGCGCUGCCCGACGUGGACUUCGCGAACCUGUCGGUGGACGACCGCAGCGCGCUGUUCGCUGAGAUCAACCAGGGCGAGGGCAUCACUAGCAACCUGCGCAAAGUGACGUCCGACAUGCAGACACAUAAGAACCCGCAACUGCGGCAGGGCCCCGCGCCGUUCAAAGCGGCUACAUCUCGCGCGCCCGCCAAGCCGCUGCCGACACCCGGCGCUGGGGCGCAGGACAAGCCGCCUGUGUUCGCGCGGGAUGGCAAGAAGUGGCUGAUUGAAUACCAAAAGGGCAACACAAAUCUGGUGGUCGAGAAUGCAGACAUGAACAACAUGGUGUACAUGUACAAAUGCCGCGACUCUGCGCUCACGGUCCGUGGGAAGGUAAACGGCGUGAUUCUCGACUCUUGCACCAAAUGCGCCGUGGUGUUCGACAACCUGGUGUCAAGCAUUGAAUUUGUGAACUGUCAGUCUGUGCAGAUGCAGGUGCUAGGCAAAGUGCCGACCAUAUCGAUCGACAAGACGGACGGCUGCCAGAUCUACCUGUCGCCCGAGUCGCUCGAGGUGGAGAUCGUCAGCUCCAAGUCGUCCGAGAUGAACGUGCUCGUGCCCAAGGGGAAUGGAGAUUAUACGGAGCACCCGAUCCCCGAGCAGUACAAGACGGUUCUGAACAAGCCCUCAGGCCUCAUCACAACUCCAGUCGAGAACAAGGGUUAAAUAACAUGGAUAUAGAGCAACGGCUAGGUAUCUCUGCAAGCUUAUAUUAUUAUUUUAUUAGUUUUUUUUUUUUUUAGUAAUCGGGUGCCAAAGGAAUGAGGUUUUUCAUGACAAGUUUGUGUUCUAGCAUACGAAUGGUAUGUUUUUCUUGAUUGAACUAUUUUAAAGAAUUGUUUCGAUUUCAAAUUUGUUUUUUUUUUAUUAUAUUGAUUAUCACAAGCUUGCGGAAAUAUGUCGUCGUUAGCUCGCAACGUAACAGCCCCUUUUGGCUACGGGAUACAUACAUCUCAUUUUAUAUCUUUUUAGCUGUACUAACAAGCUCGGGACGAGAUUAUCGUUUAAAUUAGUCAUUAUAUGCAUAUUUUGCACGGUCUAGUUCAAUUAGUUCACGGACGUCCCGAUCUAGUUCUAUGCACAAACGUAACUGUAAGGACGCUGGCUCCGGGACGCCAUCUGCCCAAGAGCUACGAACUAACCUUCGUUUCUUGCUCAUUUCGCUCGAUACUAGUUUUAAGGUAUAAAUCUAAUAUGACGUAGAUAACUUCAAUAUUUACUGGCCUUCAUGUGUAAUGUUCCUUAUAUUGGUGUUUUGAUUUUUGACGUUGGACGGAUAGCCCAUAUUGCUUGAGUACCGCGGUGUACGAAGUGUAGGCUUAGUUUAGUUUAAGGAGUGUGAAUGUCUCGAAAUUAACAUAAGGAUUCGUAUCGACUCAAACCCCGGCGAGCGUGAACCAUAUAAGGGCUUUUCUAACUGUAUUACGUACUACAUAAUCUGUAACUAUAUCUUGUGACGGUUUCUCAAUAAACAUUUUAAUCUAGGACAUAUUGUAUUUUAAAUCGAUGUUUGUAAUAAGUAAUUUGUAUUAUGUUAAAGUAUUAUAAUUGAAUAAUAUGAAUCAGUAUAAUUUGUGUUUUUUAUAUUCGAUAUAACGAUCACUACGUCUCUAAGAACUGUAAUUAUUUAUUAUGCCAUCAUUAUUUUGAAAUAUUAUAAUUUAUUUGUCAAGAGAUUAAAAUACUUUUUAAGAAA